GAGAUGAAGGCAAGGCAGACAGACAGUGGCUGGGGUCAGGAAAGACCCCAUUUCUGUCUGAAAUGUCUGUAGAGGAGUUGGGCCCACCCCCACCUCAGCCCUACAGGAAAGACAGCCAGGGUCCUGGGAGGGCAGUUCCACUUCCUGUGUGGCUGCAGAUGACAAAACCCCAUGAGAAGAAGGACCCAGCCUCCAAGUGUCCACACCCUGUGUGUCCUCUGUCCUGCCAGCACCGAGGGCUCAUCCAUCCACAGAGCAGUGCAGUGGGAGGAGACGCCAUGACCCCCAUCCUCACGGUCCUGAUCUGUCUCGGGCUGAGCCUGGACCCCAGGACCCACGUGCAGGCAGGGCCCCUCCCCAAGCCCACCCUCUGGGCUGAGCCAGGCUCUGUGAUCACCCAGGGGAGUCCCGUGACCCUCAGGUGUCAGGGGAGCCUGGAGACGCAGGAGUACCAUCUAUAUAGAGAAAAGAAAACAGCACUCUGGAUUACACGGAUCCCACAGGAGCUUGUGAAGAAGGGCCAGUUCCCCAUCCCAUCCAUCACCUGGGAACAUGCAGGGCGGUAUUGCUGUAUCUAUGGCAGCCACACUGCAGGCCGCUCAGAGAGCAGUGACCCCCUGGAGCUGGUGGUGACAGGAGCCUACAGCAAACCCACCCUCUCAGCCCUGCCCAGCCCUGUGGUGACCUCAGGAGGGAAUGUGACCCUCCAGUGUGACUCACAGGUGGCAUUUGAUGGCUUCAUUCUGUGUAAGGAAGGAGAAUAUGAACACCCACAAUGCCUGAACUCCCAUUCCCAUGCCCGUGGGUCAUCCCGGGCCAUCUUCUCCGUGGGCCCCGUGAGCCCGAGUCGCAGGUGGUCGUACAGGUGCUAUGGUUAUGACUCGCGUGCUCCCUAUGUGUGGUCUCUACCCAGUGAUCUCCUGGAGCUCCUGGUCCCAGGUGUUUCUAAGAAGCCAUCACUCUCAGUGCAGCCGGGUCCUGUUGUGGCCCCUGGGGAGAAGCUGACCCUCCAGUGUGGCUCUGAUGUCGGCUACGACAGAUUUGUUCUGUUCAAGGAGUGGGGACGUGACUUCCUCCAGCGCCCUGGCCGGCAGCCCCAGGCUGGGCUCUCCCAGGCCAACUUCACCCUGGGCCCUGUGAGCCGCUCCUACGGGGGCCAGUACAGAUGCUCCGGUGCACACAACCUCUCCUCCGAGUGGUCGGCCCCCAGCAACCCCCUGGACAUCCUGAUCGCAGGACAGAUCCGUGCCAGACCCUUCCUCUCCGUGCGGCCGGGCCCCACAGUGGCCUCAGGAGAGAACGUGACCCUGCUGUGUCAGUCACAGGGAGGGAUGAACACUUUCCUUCUGACCAAGGAGGGGGCAGCUGACUCCCCGCUGCGUCUAAAAUCAAAGCGCCAAUCUCAUAAGUACCAGGCUGAAUUCCCCAUGAGUCCUGUGACCUCGGCCCACGCGGGGACCUACAGGUGCUACGGCUCACUCAGCUCCAACCCCUACCUGCUGACUCACCCCAGUGACCCCCUGGAGCUCGUGGUCUCAGGAGCAGCUGAGACCCUCAGCCCACCAUAAAACAAGUCCGACUCCAAGGCUGAAAUGCUACACAUACAUUUCUCCAACACGGUCAGAUGUGACAUCUUGAGUGGACUCAUCAAUCACCUACAGAAUGUGGAGUCCAACACCAAGAUCCUCUCACGUCCCAAAGCCUCAGGUCUUACCCUGCACCGAGGGCUUAUCCAUCUGCAGAGCAGGGCAGUGGGAGGAGACGCCAUGACCCCCAUCCUCACGGUCCUGAUCUGUCUCGGGCUGAGCCUGGGCCCCAGGACCCAUGUGCAGGCAGGGACCCUCCCCAAGCCCACCCUCAGGGCUGAGCCAGACUCUGUGAUCACCCAGGGGAGUCCCGUGACCCUCAGGUGUCAGGGGAGCCUUGAAGCCCAGGAGAACCAUCUAUAUAGGGAGAAAAAAUCAGCAUCCUGGAUUAAACGGAUACAACCACAGCUUGUGAAGAAGGGCCAGUUCCCCAUCCCAUCCAUCACCUGGGAACACGCAGGGCGGUAUCGCUGUCAGUAUUACAGCCGCUCUCAGUGGUCAGAGCCCAGUGAUCCCCUGGAGCUGGUGGUGACAGGAGCCUUCAGCAAACCUACCCUCUCAGCCCUGCCCAGCCCUGUGGUGACCUCAGGAGGGAAUGUGACCCUCCAGUGUGGCUCACAGCUGGCAUUUGGUGGCUUCACUCUGUGUAAGCAAGAAGAAGACGAACACCCACAAUGCCUGAACUCCCAGGCCCGUAUCCGUGGGGGGUCCUGGGCCAUCUUCUCCGUGGGCCCCGUGAGCCCGAGUCACAGGUGGUCGUACAGGUGCUAUGGUUAUGACUGGAGCUCUCCCUAUGUGUGGUCUCUACCUAGUGAUCUCCUGGAGCUCCUGGUCCCAGGUGUUUCUAAGAAGCCAUCACUCUCAGUGCAGCCGGGUCCUAUUGUGGCCCCUGGGGAGAAUCUGACCCUCCAGUGUGGCUCUGAUGUCGGCUACGACAAAUUUGUUCUGUACAAGGAGGGGGAACGCAACCUCCGCCAGCUCCAUGGCCAGCAGCCCCAGGCUGGGCUCUCCCAGGCCAACUUCACCCUGGGCCCUGUGAGCCGCUCCCACGGGGGCCAGUACAGAUGCUACGGCGCACACAACCUCUCCUCCGAGUGGUCGGUCCCCAGUGACCCCCUGGACAUCCUGAUCGCAGGACAGAUCCCUGCCAGACCCGCCCUCUUGGUGCAGCCGGGCCCCACGGUGGCCUCAGGAGAGAACGUGACCCUGCUGUGUCAGUCACGGGAGCAGUUCCACACUUUCUUUCUGACCAAGGAGGGGGCAGCCGAUCCCCCACUGCGUCUGCGAUCACAGCACCAAGCUCAGCAGAACAAGGCUGAAUUCCCCAUGGGUCCUGUGACCUCGGCCCACUUGGGGACCUACAGAUGCUACGGCUCACUCAGCUCCAACCCCUACCUGCUGUCUCACCCCAGUGACCCCCUGGGUCUCAUGGUCUCAGAAGCAGCUGAGACCCUCAGCCCAUCACAAAACAAGACAGACUCCACAACUACAUCCCUAGGCCAACACCCCCAGGAUUACACAGUGGAGAAUCUCAUCCACAUGGGUGUGGCUGGCUUGGUCCUGGUGGUCCUCGGGAUUCUGCUAUUUGAGGCUCAGCACAGCCAGAGAAGCCUCCAAGAUGCAGCCGGGAGGUGA